UUGCCACAGGAGUCCAGGUGCAGAGGAAAUGCUCAAGAGCGAGAGCCAUGCAGGCCCCAUGGCUCAGCCGGGAGAGGACGGUGAGUACUUCCUCAAGGUCCUGAUUCCCAGCUAUGCGGCUGGAUCCAUCAUUGGCAAAGGAGGCCAGACCAUCGUCCAACUGCAGAAGGAAACUGGAGCCACCAUCAAGCUCUCCAAGUCCAAGGACUUCUACCCAGGGACCACGGAACGCGUGUGCCUCGUCCAAGGCACAGCGGAAGCCCUCAAUGCCGUGCACAACUUCAUCGCCGAGAAAGUCCGAGAAAUCCCCCAGUCUGUGGUGAAGCCGGAGUCAGUCAACAUCCUGCAGCCCCAGACAACCAUGAACCCUGACCGGGCCAAGCAGGCCAAGGUGAUCGUUCCCAACAGCACAGCCGGGCUGAUCAUCGGCAAGGGGGGCGCCACAGUCAAGGCCAUCAUGGAGCAGUCUGGAGCCUGGGUGCAACUGAGCCAGAAGCCGGAGGGCAUCAACCUGCAGGAGCGCGUGGUGACCAUCAGCGGCGAGCCGGAGCAGAUCCACAAGGCCGUGGACAUCAUUGUGCAGAAGGUCCAGGAGGACCCACAGAGCAGCAGCUGCCUCAACAUCAGCUACGCCAACAUCACCGGCCCCGUGGCCAACUCUAACCCAACGGGAUCGCCCUAUGCCAACUCCACGGACGUGUUGCCAGCUGCUGCGGCCGCGGCCACCGCUUCGGGCCUGCUGGGCCACACCAGCCUCGCUGGAGUAGGAGCCUUUCCCGCGGCUCUGCCAGGGUUCUCCGGCAGUGACCUUUUGGCCAUCAGCACAGCUCUCAACACCUUGGCAAGCUAUGGAUACAACACCAGUUCUUUGGGGCUCGGCCUCAACUCAGCCGCUGCCUCCGGGGUGCUGGCAGCUGUAGCUGCUGGUGCAAACCCAGCUGCCGCCGCUGCCGCCAACCUCUUAGCCUCCUACGCCAACGAAGCUUCCACCAGCACCACCACCCCAGCUGGCGCGGUUGGCGCCUUCACGCUGGGUUCUUUAGCCGCAGCCACCGGGGCCGCCAACGGCUAUCUGGGGACAGCCUCUCCGUUGGUGGCCAGCUCCUUCUUAGCAACAGAGAAGCUAGUGGAAAGCGCCAAAGAUAUGGUAGAGAUCGCCGUGCCGGAGAACCUGGUGGGCGCCAUUUUGGGGAAAGGCGGCAAGACGCUGGUUGAGUAUCAAGAGCUGACAGGCGCCCGCAUCCAGAUUUCCAAAAAAGGGGAGUUUAUUCCUGGUACUAGGAACCGUAAAGUCACCAUCACAGGCACUCCGGCCGCUACGCAAGCGGCGCAAUAUCUUAUCAGCCAGCGAGUAACGUAUGAGCAAGGAGUUCGAGCCACCAAUCCACAGAAAGUGGGAUAAGAGAAGGCUGGAGAGAAGGCUGGGGGAAGGUGUAGAAUUCAGAUCAAUUCUUGAAUCAUUAAAAUGUAACCUACCCAACACCAGCCCCUGCCCAGUGCCCGUCUUACACACUUACACCCCCCUCCCCUUUACUUGAAAGCAACCCAGCACUCGUUCUACAGGAACUCUGUUUCGCCAAUGGCGUGACCUGUUUAUGUGUGUGUGUAUAUAUCUAUAUAUAUAUAUAUGGCAACAUUUUCUUUUUCUUUUUUUUGAGUUGAUCAAUUUUAAUAGAAAACAUUUUUAAGAAAAAGUUCUCUUUCUUUCCCUCUUUAUUUCUGAUUUUCUUAACCAACGAUCUUGACGGAGAAGGAUCUGUCUCUUAAGGCUUCUUUCCCCCUCCCCAGAGUAUAGAUCAACUUAAGAAUUUCUUGA